GCUAGUUUGUGCAUCACUUCUUUCGAGAAAGUUAAGUCUGUUCUGCUUAGGAGAGAUAACACUUUUUGUCCCUGUAGGUGGCCCCCCUGGUGUAGCCAUUAGUUGCUAAUUACUUGCAAACAAAUAAACAAUUAACUCCUCUGGCUGCUGGCUGGGCCAGUGUUCAUUGACAUGCUAAAACUUUCUAAGACAGGAUUUUAAUUAGUGACGUUCUUAAAUCCAACCCCCUUGUCAGCUGAGCCAUAAGGUGAACUGCUGGAAGAUCCCAGCCUUGUAUACGUGGGGCAGCGCUAGCUAAGAGGCACUGUGAGGCCAGAGCUGCCGCUCCGUCCAGCCCAUGCAAGGAUGUCUCCCAGUCUUCAGGAAGGUGCUGGGCAUGGGGAAGGCAAACCCUCGUCCUGCUCCUUUUCAAUUGAGAGCAUCUUGGGCCUGGAUCAGAAGAAAGACUGUGUGCCAUCAAUGAAACCCCACAGACCUUGGACAGACACCUGUGGCUCCUCAGGGAAAGAUGUUAACCUAUGUCUACAUGUCCUGAGCCUUCCUAAUGGAAUCUCAUUCCCUAGUACUGUGGAUAACUCAAUGCCAGAAGAAAGAGUUUUGAAAUAUGAAAAUUACUUUUCAGUCUCAGAGAGACUGUCUUUGAAAAGAGAGUUGAGUUGGUAUAGAGGCCGAAGACCAAGAACUGCCUUUACUCAAAACCAGAUUGAGGUGCUGGAAAAUGUCUUUAGAGUAAACUGUUACCCUGGCAUUGAUAUCAGAGAAGACUUAGCUCAAAAAUUGAAUCUAGAAGAGGACAGAAUCCAGAUCUGGUUCCAAAAUCGGCGUGCAAAACUGAAAAGGUCCCAUAGAGAAUCACAGUUUCUAAUGGCCAAAAAUAAUUUCAACACAAAUCUCCUGGAAUAGAUAUAAAACUAAACAUGUGAAAUUAUCUUCCAGAUGCUAUACAUGAAGAACAUGUGUUAAAGUGUGAUGUUUUCUUUUCUGCAUUUUAAUUUGAGUAUUGCCUUUUUUUCCUGAAAAUAUAUUGUAAAUAAUUACUAUUAUAAUAAUGGCACCUAUUAUACUUGGGCACUUUUAGUUACAGUAAAGACUUUUCCUAUAUAUUUUAAUAAACAUUUUCAGAAAUGACAACUAUUUUUCAAGUGAACAAAUUUAAUCUUAUAAGUGAGUUUGCAAAA